AUGAGUAGAAAGAUUGAGUUCUUGGUACAUAACAGUAGUGAAGAACGUGACAGUAGGGAAGAAUAUAGAAGACUAAAAAAAUAUCUAUGGCAAUGUUUUGAGAUACUGGAAGAGAUUUUUGCAGAACCAAAUCAGAGAAACAGUGAAUUAUGUCGUAUGUCAAGAGCUAUGAGUGUAAAAGCCUUGUGUGAUGAUGUGAAGGAUGAGAACACUGAUUUCUUCGGUUUCUCUUCUACAGAAACCAUACCUGAUUUUAAACUUGGGCUGUGCAGCUACAACUCACAAAGGCUAGAAAGGCCCUUCAGUCACAAAACCAAAGAGGAAAAUGUUCAGUACCAAGUUUCUUCAAAUGGUGGGCUAAGGGAGAAAAAAGGUUUACCUCCAUCAGCAGACAUGGACAUCAAAACUAUGGAAUAUCUUGAUGAAGCUUUGUGCAUAGCUACUUGUAAUCUCAGCCACUUAAAUGAUGCAGAAAAGAUGCUGGAAUAUUUGGAAUGGAGAAUGAAGCAGGAAGGAGACAAAGUCGCAGAAACUGCUGAUAAAGCAUUUGAUGAACUUGCUACUUCUCUCCUCUCAAGGAAAAUAAGAUUGCAUGCAGAAUUAGUGAAGACCAUCAGCUCCUACAGCACUGAUAUUGCAAAAGCUAAGGAAGUCAUUGAAAAGAAGAAAAAGUGCCUGAUUGGUGCGAUUAGGAUUGCAAAGGAAUUAGAACUUACAUGUUCUGUAAGAACCUGUUACGAUCUUGCACAGGUUAUUUGUAAUUUAAAGUUGCCAGUUGAGGCUGAGCUUUCAAGAGUGAAUAGUUGGAAGGAAAAAAUUCCUCCAAGAUUCUUCCUAAACAUGGAUGAAAUUACAUCUUUAUUAAAAAAUUUGGGCAAGAUUGAAUGGGGAGCAACAGGGCAUGAAGAUACUGGACAAUGCACUCUUAUCCUUGAUGGCAAAGAAGAAAUUCCUGAUGUCAUAAUAGAAGAAAUAUAUGACGACGACAUGGCAUGUUCAACAGAAGCAGUGUUUGUAAGCCAUGUCAUAAAUCCAUGCCACUUCUAUGUUCAGAAAUACUCACAGAAGAAUGAAGCAAGGAUUUUGGAGAAGAAAUUGAAAAGAUUUUGUUGUAAUAAGAGUUCCUAUCUCUUGCCUUCAGACGUUUUGGAACUAGGUGCUAGAAUUUUUAUUAAGAGUAAGGAAACUGGAAUGUGGUGUCGUGGGACUAUCACAGAACUAAUUCCCCAAAAAAAUAAAAAUCAGAGGAAGCCUUGUGGUCCAAUAAGAUACAACGUUUGUGAUACUGCACUGCUGGAAGUAUUCCUGAUUGAUUUUGGGAACUCUAUAGUUCUAAUUUUCUCAGGAGAUGUUCCUGCUGAAAGGCCUGAACCUGCUACUCUGCAAACUAUUAAAACAGGUGACAUAAGUUUUUUUGUACGGAAGCUUGAUCAGCAUAUUGAGGCAGAACUUGCAGCUGUUCCUCCUUUAGCAGUACGGUGUUCAUUGAAGGAUGUUGUUCCCAAAAAUGCAGGUGAAGGUUGGGGAGAGGAAGCAAAGGCAAAAUUUUUGGGAAUGGUAAAUAAUAAAAUUGUUUUAAUGACCAUAUUUAGAGAAGAGGAUGAUGUUCUCAUUGUGGAUUUGAAAAGAAGUCCAUUUGAUAAAAUGGAGAGUAACAUGCCAGUGUCUCUCAAGGAUGCAUUAGUUUCUUUAGACUUGGCAAGGUUUAGUUCACAGCUUCUCAGUCAGUUAGAAAAUAAUACCGUCUUGCAGUAUAGUCCGCCUAAGAUUCCACAAGAAAGAGAAGUCUCUGUUGUAGUUUGUCACAUUAAUAGUCCAAGUGAUUUCUAUCUCCAGUUGACAGAGUCUCUGGAUUCUUCAGAUCUUCCGAAGAAAAUUCAGGAGGUAUAUAAAUAUGACUCUGGAAGAAACUUGGAAAUUGCCUACCCAGUUGAAGGCCAGGCUUGUAUUGCAAAACAGGAAGAUGGGAAUUGGUACAGAGCACAGAUUAUAGGGCUGCCAAGUCGUCAGGAAGUUAUGGUAAAAUAUGUUGACUUUGGCAAUGUUGCUAACUUAACUCUUAAAGACAUACGCAGAGUGAAAAAGGAGUUUCUGAGCUUUCCAGAAAAGGCCAUCAGGUGCAGGCUGGCUUCCAUUGAGCCUUAUGAAGGGGCAAGUGAGUGGAACAGAGAAGCCAAGGAAAGAUUUGAAGAAAUGACUGAAGAUAAACGUAUGAUGUGUUCAAUUGUUGAUAAUUUAGAUAACAUCUUAUCUGUUGAGCUCUUUGACGACUGUGCUGUUCAUGGAAGAAGUUUUAGUAUUAACUGCCAUCUAGUUGAAGAAAACCUGGCAUCCUACAUACCUGGGUACACUGAAAGUACUGCUGUAAGGCCCAUUGAAAUAUGGGAUGUUCCUCCAGAAAUUAUUGAAACCUCAGAAGAUGAUGAUCCUAUAGACAUGGAACCUGUGUAUGAAGGAGAUUUCAGACCACUUUGUAAAAAAGAGCUACAAGUGAGAAUUAGUCAUGUUGUGUCUCCUAGUAAAAUUUUUAUACAAUGGCUGUCAUCGGGAAGUAUACUGAAAAGUUUACAGGAGAAGAUGGCUACCAUCUACAAAGAAUCCCAGCCACAGUCUGUGAAGUGGGAGAGUAGUAUGCACUGUGCUGUUUAUGUACAUGAUUUGAAACAGUGGCAAAGAGGUCAAAUAAGCAGGAUUGUCUCUGAAACAAAAGCAAAGGUAAUACUUUAUGAUUCUGGAGCUGAAAGAACAGUGGAUAUCAGGUGUCUAAGAAAACUUGAUGAAGAGAUGAAGGCAAUUGGGACAUUAGCAAUAGAAUGUUCCUUGACAGAUAUAAGACCAACAGGUGGAAGCACGGAGUGGACAGCAACAGCCUGUGACUGUUUAUCAUAUUACCUAACGGGGGCACAAGUAAAAAUACUCAUACAGGAAAGUGAUGUGGUCUGUGCAUUGCCUGUGAAAAUUCUUUGCAAAGAUGAAACAGGAGAAUUGAUUGAUAUUUCAGAGCACCUUGUUAAAAAGGGUUUGGCUUUUAGGAGCAAAAGAACUGAUAAAGCUGACAUGGCUUGCUCAGUCUCCAAGGAACAUCUUAAAGUAUAUUUAGAGGAAGAGAACACACAACUGGAUGGUUGUAAUUCCAAAACUGCGUGUGCAAGAAACAGUGCUGCUCCAGAGGAAGGCGUCGCUGUUUCAGAGAGUGAACAGAAAUCACGCAAAAACUUCCAAUCACCAUGUCAGUCAGGAAUGAAUGAAAUAUAUAAACCUCCUCUUAUACCUGAAGAGAAAAUUUUUCGAGCUGUAGUAACUUGUGUUGGACGUGAUGGAACUAUUUAUAUACUACCAAAAUCAUUUGAAAUGGAACUAAACAAAUUGAUGACUGAAAUACAAAGUAGCUUCAAAUGCCUUGGUCUUCCGGAACCCUACUGCUGGAAAAAGGGAGAAGCUUGUGUUGUAAGAGGAUCAGAUACCAUGUGGUAUCGAGGCAAAGUUUUAGAACUUGGUGGUACUGCUCUCCAGGUACAAUAUAUAGACUGUGGUUUCAUAGAGAACAUCCUUCAGUGUCAUCUGUAUCCAACUACAUUGUACACUGGUAUUCCUCCAUUUUGCAUACCAUGUCAGCUCUACAAGAUAGUACCGAUUGGAAAUUCUUGGCAGCUGGAUGCCAUAGAUCGUCUUCAAGAACUACUUGCAAACGAAGAGGUUGAAAUACAUGUUCAGGAAUUGCCAGAUAACCCAUGGGGCAAAUUGUCUGUCAACCUGUAUUUUGGUGGAAUGUCGCUUUCUUCCUUCAUGGUAUACCAGCAGUACUGUGUUGCUGAAGAUGGUCAGGACAUACCAAAGCUGGAGCUACUUGAAGGAGACAUUCCUGUUUUGCCUUCAUACGUGUCACCAUCACUACCCAUUCCAGGAGAUACCUUUCCUGUCAGAGUUACCCAUUUGGUGUCCCCUAAGGAGGUAUAUAUUUGCCUUGAUCCUUCUAAGAACCUUAUAAAGCAAUCUGCCACAGAGGGAGAUGCCAGCUGCGACUCAGAGUUGGAAGGCCUUGAUGAAGCCCUGAAGUGGUGCAAUAAAUGUGUGGAAAUUUUUCCUCUUCUAACACACUUCCAAACAGAAAUACCUUGCCUUGUAGAAUACUGGGAUGGUUUGUGGUAUAGAGCAAAGCUCCUCAGUGUUGAAGAAAAUGAACCUCUUACAAUCCUGGUUCAGUGUGUUGACUAUGGUAGUUUUGCAGUUGUCCCAAGAAGCAGAUUGCGCCGCAUACCUUAUCAUCUGCUGAAGUAUCCUGCUCGGGCAAUACAAGCUGUGCUGGCUGGAUUUAAACCUGCUUCACGUGACAAAAAUGCAGAAAGAAUUCCUUAUGCCCCAGAAUGGAGCAUGGCAGCAUUGUGGGCUAUGGUGGACUGUGUUCAAGGGAAACAGCUUUUUGCUUCCAUACUUACUCUUUCACCAGAGGUCACCAUUUCUUUGUAUGAAGAGGACAACAGUCUAGUUCAUAUGAAACUGAUAGAGAUGGGACUUGCAGAUUUGGCUGAGUGACAUCAUUUGAUCUCAAUAUCCGGUGCCAGUUGUUCUCAGAUAGAUCUGUGGUAAAAAUACUCCAUGUUUGACUAGAUAUAUGGAUAUCCAUAUGUUAAUGAAAAGCUUUACAGUAUGUGUUGUCUACAGAGAAUACUGGAGACUUGGAUUUUUGAAUUUGUUGGCUAACUGUUAAGUAGUCCUUUUCCUUCCCAUUUAUUAAGCACUUUUCUAAUUGAUGUUACAAGAUUAUAGUUUCACUAUUUCAAGAUUCCAGAGUGUUGGGAACAUUUUCAUAUAUCAAUCUCUUUUGCCCUUAGAGUGUUAAGUAUUGUUCUGCGAUAUCCUCUUUCAUAGAAGUAGAUGGAACUAAUGUAUAGUGGUAAAGAAAUAGAUGAAAAGCUCAUGCUUGGCCCAUGUGUUCUAAUACCUUGUUAGAAGACUUGGAGGGAAGAUGAUAGUUUUAUUACUAUGAUGUAACUCUUGUUUGUUUCAGGCAUACUUGGUGACAGACUUUUCCUGUACUAGAGUUUGGGAUGGGGAAUGAACAGCUGGGGGGGGAGUGUUACUAUCUUUGUUCUGGAACAUGUUUGCAUUGCUGCUAUGUUUUCUGUCAUGAUGCGAUAGAUAGGGGUUUGGGUGUCCUUGCACUUCCUUCCUGCUCCUGGAGCUGCAGUGUUCAUUUGAAAGUGUUGGAAUAAACAGGAGCUUGUGCAGCAUGCAUCUGAAGUCUUGUUUUCCUUAACUGCUAUAGUAUGUAAGGUUUCUUUGGAUGUCUCUUUAUUGUAUUAGUGUAGUAUAUCCUUUACAUUUAAAGCUCAGUCACCUCUCUAGAUUAUCAAGCAAGAAAUAUGGACAGUGAAGACUCCACAACCUCUCUGGG